CUCUGUUUUCUUUUGCUUGGGAUUAAGUGAUUUUCCACCCAAAAAAAAGUCGAGUUUUUGAUCUGAAGAUUUUUCGAGGCUUUAAAACCUUUCCGAGCUCUCCGGCUCUCCCUCUAGCGGAAGAUCCUAUUAGUAAAAAAUGGGGAAUUUUAUUGCGAUGAGAAGAUCAACAGAUGGAUCUUUACACCUCCGAAACCCUGCAAUUCGGACCUACCUGGUUUCACUUCUGUUCUCUUCGCUCUCAGAAUCACACAAUAAACCUCCCAAUAUCUCACACCUCAAUUCGCAGCCCGUGAUUGGUUCUAGUUUUAGGGUUUUGCAGAGUUUCUCGAGGUUUUCUUGUUCUUCUUUUGAGGUUGAAACCAUAAAGAAACUAGCUUGUUUUCAUCACUUUUUCGUUCCACCAAGCGGUGUGCACUGGUUCAGUUCUCAGGCCGUUAUUGAACCUAAGACCUCCGAUGGCCUUACAGUCGAUAAUAUUGUUGCUCGCCGAUGGACGAUACUCGAUGAAAGCGAAAGUGAUUGGAAGAGUCACGCCGCUGCCAUCGCUCAAUCGAUUCAGCUAAUCAAGAAGCGGUUACAGUGGAAGAAGAUGGUAAUCAGGCUGGAGAUGCUCUCAGCAGAGCUGAAUAGGUCCGACCUUUGGGACGACCCUGUUCAUGCUGGGAAGAUAAGCCGCGAGCAUGGUUCCCUCAUGGGUAAGAUGAAGGAGGUAAAUGGAUUCGAGCAAGAAUUGUUCGAGCAUAUUGAUAUGCUGAAGCUUGCACGUGAAGAAAACGAUGGAGAGUUGGAAUCGGAAUCAAUAAGAGCUUUACUUAGGAUGAGAAGAAGCACAAAGGAGAAAGAGCUUCAAGCUUUGUUAUCUGGGGAGCAGGAUUCUUGCUCUUGUUUUAUAGAGGUUCAAGCAGGAGCUGGGGGUACAGAGAGCAUGGAUUGGGCUGCCAUGGUCAUGCAGAUGUAUAAGUCAUGGGCUCAACACAGGGGAUAUGGAGUGACUGUAGUGGACGAAAUGCCCGGUGAGAUUGCUGGAAUAAAGCGUGCAACAAUCAAAUUAGAUGGUGAAUAUGCAUUUGGAUAUGCCAAAGCAGAAGUUGGGGUUCACAGGUUGGUGAGAAUUUCACCUUUUGAUAGUGGAAAGCGCCGACAUACAUCUUUUGCUGCUGUAGCUGUUAUUCCCAUCUUGGGCGAUGUUUCAUCCCGAUUUCAGAUUAACGAAUCUGAUCUUCGCAUUGAGCGGUUUCGUGCUGGAGGAGCAGGUGGCCAGCAUGUUAACACAACUGAAAGUGCAGUGAGAAUAGUGCAUAUUCCAACAGGAGUCACUGCUACUUGUCAAAAUGAAAGAUCACAACAUCAAAACAAGGCAAUGGCAAUGGCAGUGCUUCAAUCCCGGCUAGACCAGCUUGAGAUGGCUCGACAGGCUCAGUUGAAUGCACAGCAUACACAAUCCCUCACCGAAAUUAGCUGGGGCAAUCAAAUACGGACUUAUGUCCUCCACCCUUAUCAGAUGGUUAAGGAUCUGAGAACAAACUAUGAGGUCUCUGAUCCUGAUUCUGUUCUCGAUGGUGAUCUUGAUAGCUUUAUAUUGAGUUUCCUAUCUUCUUCCUUGGAUAAAGAUGAAGACAAUCUGUGAGCGAAAAUUGCACUUCACAAUAUCACAGUUCAUUGGAAGAAUCCCCAUAUUAAAAAAUCUGGUUAAACAAUAUCAAACUAUCGGUCCUAUUAAUGUGGGAGUUAUGCCACAUAAGCAUCUAACAAGAUCAUUUUUGUCUACCCGCUCUGGAUCUUGGCAUUGGUAUCAAGGGCUAAUUAAAUCAAUACUAUGAUUUUAGGAAGCAUAUAUGCUUUAUAUUGUCUUGUUUAGUAUUGCUGUAAUGAAUGAGUUUAUCUCAUUCUCACUCUUUUACUUAAUCCCCUACAAUAUCCUCCGUCCUGUACUUGC